AUGGGCGAAACAGAUUUAUGGGAGCUUUCAUUGUUUGAUGGUUCUCGAUGGGAAAAUUUUAUUGAAAUGAAAUUACCUCUAUUGAGCAAGUUCGAAUUCUGGUUUACUCGCCCUGUACAUGAUCAUGCAGAGCGUAACACUGUAGAAUCAUUGAUUGCACCAUUUCAAACACCAUUCUGGCUUGAAAUCAAACAGUGGUUUGUUAAAUGUGACUAUGUAGACGACGAUUAUGACCGAAAAUUUCAUCUCUAUUCUAUACCCAUCUUCCUAGAUAGCUUUGAUUAUUCUAACCAACAGGGUACAAUUCUACAUUCGAAAUUGAACAUCACGGAUAACAAUGCACCAAUUAUCGUCAAUGCACAUCGAUUAGAUUUAAAUUUGAGUCAAAUGAUGACUGAAAAUAUUCGAAACAAUGUAAGUCUUGUCAUUUCACUAAUUCUUCUAAAAGAAAAUCGAUAGACUCUUAUUUGAAUAUAUUGGGUUGAUGCAAAAUUAACGACCGUUUUCAUUAAUUCUAAAUUUAUUCAACAAUACAACACCAAAGUACACUCAAAACAUGUUUAAAUGAUCAUUCUGGAGCAUAAUCGCCAUUUACUUCAAUAACUGCGUCCCAUUUGCUUGGCAAACGAUCGAUUCCACGUGCAAAAAAGUGACGAUCCUUGGAUGCAAUCCACGCUUUGACGUCAGCGGCAAGAUCGUCAAAAUCAUCGUAGACUUUGCCCGUCUGCCGAUUUUUGAGCGGACAAUUGACGUGAUAGUCUGUAGGAGCUUCAGUGGGAGAAUAUGGUGGGUGCUCAAGCAGUUCCCAUCCUUUGUCGCUGACGUCAAAGCGUGGAUUGCAUCCAAGGAUCGUCACUUUUUUGCAUGUGGAAUCGAUCGUUUGCCAAGCAAAUGGGAAGCAGUUAUUGAAGUAGAUGGCGAUUAUGCUCUAGAAUGAUCAUUUAAACAUGUUUUGAGUGUACUUUGGUAUUGUAUUGUUGAAUAAAUUUAGAAUCAAUGAAAACGGUCGUUAAUUUUGCAUCAAUCCAAUAAUAAUAAGUUUUGCCAAAUACUUUUUGUAGACUUACAGUGAUUCAUUUUUGUAUUUUAGUGCCCGUUAAUUUUGAAAGAUUGUAGUUUUUAUUAAAAAGAAUCUUCAUUGUUGCUAAGAUUCCCAGAAAAAUUUCACUUGCAUAUUAUGAACUAGGAAUUAGAAUACAUAAUAAAACUUAAAUAGUAGAAUAUUAAUUUUAUUAGAUCCAACAGCAAUAUUAAGAAAAGUAACUUAUUCUUAUUGCUCAUCUUUCUCUAAUAUUCAAAAUGUGCUAUAAAGCCUA